AUGCAGCACUACCUGCUGUCGCUGCCGCUACUGCUACUGUUGCAGCUGCUGCUGCCGCCGCAGCUGCUAGUGGCAGCUGCAGCCCUAUGUUUGGACCUGAGAAAAGCAGCUGCACCAGCUGUCGCAGCUGCAUUGGGGGCAGGAACAGCAGCUUUCGAUGCAGAAGAUGGCGAGGAAGCGAUUCGUCUCGGUGCCGCUGCGUACAGUCAGUUUUUGAAAGAGUCAUCAGAGGAGGGGGCUGCCAGCAGUUGCUGGCAGCAAGUCAGCGAGCAGCUUCUGUUGCUGCAGCAACAGACACAUGAAGAUGCAUGUAGCAGCAGGGGAGAAGCCUUCAGAGAACUGAUUGCCUUGACUAGGAUGAGGUGUAUUUACGCCCGAAGCGGUCGCCCCUUUCCGGGGCCUGCUGAGGGCUGUUAUCUCUUCCCGCAUGAAGUCCCUUUGGACUGGAUCGGUCUGUACGGACAAGCUGGCAUCGCUGAAGGUGCUGCUGCAGUAGAUGCAGCAGUUAGCCAUCCAUGCGUCAAGCUCAACAACGUGCUGCAGCAAGUGCAGCAGGCUCAGCAAGUGUUGCAAUUUCAGCAGAUGCAGCAGAAUCUGGAGGGAGAGUGGAGCGAGGCAUACGCUAAGCAGCAACAGGAGAAUCAGGAUCAAGACGAAGGCCUUGACACUUCCACAGAGAAGCUCGAGAGUGAAUCAACAAGAUUUCCAGGCGAAGCUGCCAAGAUGAUGGACUUGAUGCAUGCAGAAGCUGUCUCGCCUCUGGUGCAACUACGCCGGCUGCAGCAACAGCAGCAGCAACUUUACCGGCGGUGCAUAGCACUGACUCGCCGGCAGACUGCUGCUUGUCAGCAGCAUAGCAAAAUGGAUUUCGGAACUUUUGCUCUUGUGAGGGAGCAAAUAAAUCACAUUGACAAUAUCUGCUUCUUUCUACACAGUGCAGAGAGACAGCGGAGGACUGAAGAGGCUACUGUACGUCUCUCUGCUGCCUCCGCCGCAGCCACUGCUAGCAUGCAGCAACAGCUGCAGCAUCUGGAACAUAUGGGGAAGCUGCAAGAACAACUACAGCUGCAGCAGCUGCAAGGUGGAAACUACAUGCAGCAACUCCUGCAGCAGCUGCAGCAAGGGUUAGAGGACUCCUUCGCAGUGCUGGAGCAGCUGAAGGCCUUUCACAAGGCUGUGGGUGAGUGGCUUGGAGGUACUGAAACAGUUGCUCUUUAUCUUGUUGCUGCUGCUGCCGCUCUUUUCCUCACUUCUAAUCGCAGGGUUUCUGGUGCGCGGCUGGGGGUGCUCGGCAUCUUGUCGGCUGCUGCUGCUGCUGAGAUGGCACUGCACCACGGGGGCAUAUCCCCUCUCCUCAGCCAGUUGACGAAGCCGCAGUACAAACCACGAGCUCCUGCAGCAACGGAGGAAAGUAGCAGUGGCACGCUGAACUUCUUGAAAGAAGUCGCCUGCGACGCAGGUCUUUUCGUUGCUACGGCUCUUGCUGGUGCUGCUGCUGCUUAUGGGGUGUCUUUCGUGCGCUGGACUUGCUUGGUUACAUGUUGCUGGGUGUGGUUGCAUUGCCUUUUACACUACACCAGCCCAGAGCAACAAAUGCAGCAGCAGCUGCAGCAACUGCAACAGCAAGUGUGUUGGGUCCGCGAGGAGCUGCAUGAAGUGCAAGCAGCAGGCGACCCAAGAAUGCAGGAGGUGCAACAGCUGCUGCAACAGCUGCUUCAGCGUGUUACAUCCAAAGAUGAAGAAAUGCAGAGGAUUCAUCUGCGAGAAAGACACGAGAGGCAGUUGCUGCAGCAACACCAGCAGCAGCAGCAACUGCGGCAGCAGCGGCAGAGCUUGGCACGCCGUUCGCUACUCUGGACAGCUCGGCUGAUAGCUCCUGUCCUUGCAGCGGCCUUCACCGGUGCAGUGUCCGUUGCUGCAUGGGCAACGGCAGCAGCCUGGAAGCGGCUGGCCUCUCCGCUGAACUACUGGAGCCUUGUGAGAGCUAAUGCGCAUCCCGCAGCAAGUAGCAAGGCCAGUAGUGGCGACAGGAGCACCAGGGAGGCAGAGGGAUCGUUCUUCCCUACUGCCCGAUCCGCCAGCUCACUCUUGAAACGUGAGAGCAGCAGUUCCAGCCGCAGAUUUAUUUGGCAGCAGAAAGGACGCUGUACUGUACUUCCUGAGGGUCUACGUGAACAAUCAAGGAAAAACAAUGAAGACGAGGGAGAGGUAGCGGACCCGUCCUAUCUGCCGCCAACUUCCAGCAGCAGCACCGACUCCGACGAGGACCGCCUUGAUGCUACAGUUCCUUCUGAUCUCAACGCUCCCGCUACUGCCGUGACUGCUGGCGUUUCUCCUUCUGCUCAUGCGUUAGACAUGAGCGAUGCCGCUGCAGCGCAGUUCAUCCCCAGCCAUAAGGUCGCCACGAAGUGCCAGCCGCAGGAUAGGCAAAAUUGCCGUUUGCCUCUGCAACAGCAGCAGCAAAAGCCCUACGCGCAGCCCCUGCGUCGCAAUCCUGUGCGCGCAUGCCGCGUUGUGAAUUUCGCUAAGUUGGAGGACCCUCAACACCCGGACGUUUUCAUGAGAGAAGUCGUGCCACCCGAGAGGCUUAAGGCUCUGCAGGGCCAGCGUCGAUGCCUCAACAGCUCCCCUUCAACAGAAAGCAGCGGUAGCGGAAGCAGCAGCAUCAGCAGUAGCAGCACAUCACCUGCAGACAGCUGCCGGAGCAGCCUGGCAGUGGCACAAACAACACCAGCAGCCACGUGCACAAAGAGGAGUGUGCCAAAGGCUUCAGCAAGCAGUUUAUCUAAUUACUGGAGGACCGACUCAGAACCUUUAAAGCAAGAACAGCGGCAACUUCAGGUGUCCCCACCAUCACACUCCCGCAAAAGCCGCCAAAGGUGA